AUGGCAGGCAGUGCCACUACUAAUCCCUUGCAGACACUUCAGGAGGAAGCCGUGUGUGCCAUCUGCCUGGACUACUUCAAGGAUCCCGUGUCCAUCGGCUGUGGUCAUAACUUUUGCCGAGGGUGUGUGACCCAGCUGUGGGGCAAGGAAGAUAAUGAGCAAGACAGGGAGGGAGAGGAAGAUGAAUGGGAGGAGGACGAGGACGACGAGGAGGCAGUAGGGGCCAUCGGUGGAUGGGGCAACUCCAUUCGGGAGGUUUUAUACCAGGGGGAUGCUGACGAGGAGUUGUUCCAGGACCAAGAGGAUGAUGAACCCUGGGUCGGUGACGGUGGCAUAAGGGACAGAAUGGAUUAUGUGUGGGACCAAGAAGAAGAGGAGGAAGAUACGGACUACUACCUGGGAGGCUUGAGACAUGACCUGAGAAUUAACGUCUACCUGCAAGAGGAGGAGAUUUUGGAAGAAUACGAUGAGGAGGACCAAGAGCUGUACCCUGACACUCACCUGGCCCCGCCUCCAGCCCCUCCACGGCAGUUCACUUGCCCCCAAUGCCGAAAGAGCUUUAAGCGUCGCAGCUUUCGUCCCAACUUGCAGCUGGCGAACAUGGUCCAGAUAAUUCGCCAGAUGUGUCCCACUCCUAAUCGAGAGAGCCGGGUGAAUGAUCAGGGCAUCUGCUCCAAACACCAGGAAGCUCUGAAACUCUACUGUGAGGUGGACAAAGAGGCCAUCUGUGUGAUAUGUCGAGAAUCCAGGAGCCACAAACAGCAUAGUGUGGUGCCAUUAGAUGAAGUGGUACAUGAGUACAAGGUUCAGCUGUUGACUGCUGUAUCACAAGUCAGACUGUUUAAACUUGGUCCUCUCUACUGUGGCUGUACCCUGGACCUUUUCUUCACACAGACUUGCUACACACCUGAAAUCCUGAACUCCAAUUGUACCAUGAACUUAGCUCUUUGCAUUCUAGUACAGUUAAACACACUCCAGUUAUACAUGCCCUUCAUCUUUAUGGAGGCCACUGUUCCACUGACUCCUAAUUUUUUCCUUUCCCCAUUUAUCAGACAUUUGCUAGCCUUACUUACUAUCCUUCUGACCCUGUACCUCAAGAUUAGUCUUAGCACAAAGAACUGA